UGGUCCAGCAGAGCAAGUGCUACUCGGUAGAUUGCGAAAAUGGUCAAUGUUAUUCGCCUUUAUGCUUGCAAAAACAAUCCAUCAAAGAUGAACUGUCGCCGCUUCUGAAGCGCGCUCAAGCACUGCAAUCCACUCCAAUGACCACCCCAACGGCCGGUGUAAAGUCAAUCCUUGAGCAGAAACUGACCGAGAAUAAGGCGGAAAAUUUCGACUCCAUGCUGGCCAACUUUACGAUGACCCGGUAUCGCUCGAUUCUCGAUGAUUGGGACUGUGCUCAUCAGCAUCUGAUUGAAUAUGACGAACAACUUGUUCAAACUAUGGCGGCUCCCAAAAUGCCAGACGAACACAACAACAACAUAACGAAUGAGGUUGAAAUCAAGACCGAGGAUGCUCCCGAUAUGGUCGUAAAGGAAGAAAUUGUCAGCACGGAAGGUGAGCCGGAUUUAAAUGUCUCGGAAAAGGUAGAUGAUAGUUUGAAGCUGAACGAGAACUCCAACUCCAUCUCGGAAAACUCGUGCGAUGAACCACGCUCCACCCGUCGGGGACGGUCGCGAAAUAGCAAAAACAACUCAAUAGUUGUUGAAGAAGCUGAGGUCAAGGUUAAAGAAGAGGAAGUGAUUGUUUUACCAAAGAAGGAACACAAACCAAAUCGCCGAUUUGCUCUGCCAUCCCGUUGCGUAAAGAAGGAAGAACCAGAAGAGCAAGAGCUUGCAUCCGAUGGCAGUCCGCGGAUUUAUUCCGCCAGUGCUACCAAAGGAAAGAUUUAUCUUCGUAAAGCCCUGGUGCCCGAAGGAAAAGAUGAGAAGGUUAAAAGUGAAAGUAAAUCGACUGUUGUCGGUCCGGUAAAACCAAAAUAUCCUGCGGUCAAUUACUUCUGGACGCGCAAACAAACUACCUCGAUUAUGGUUCUGCCCACACAUGAGCUGCUCAAAUUGGCCCGCAACGGAGGUCGCUUGGCAGUGGCAGGUUUCCACCAUGUAGCAAAGAACAACAACUCCGUGUGGCCUUAUCCGUGUGCGAGACCAUUGUUCAAAACAUGUUGGCUGUAUCGCACGCUCAAUUUGAGCACGUUGUCUGCUGUUGGUCUGCAGUUGCGCAUCUUAUGGACAUGCCUACGGUGGGACGACAUGGCCAUGAAACCGGUCACAAGCGACGGAAAACAUCAGGUGACAACCGAGUCAGAGAUUAUGUCACUGGAAAUUCUCAAACAUCGGUACGCGGGAAUCUUCAACGAGAGAAUGCAAUACUUGCGUCGAAAAGUAGUCAUUCCACUGGAGCUCCCAAAGACUGUUCGUGAGGUGCAAUCCAUCCGUUCGGGUUUACGAAAGCGAAAACGCGCCGAAUCUCCACAGCAAACCGAACCGCAGGUCAGCGAAGAGUGGAUCGAUGAAGACAAGCUAGAGCUGUGGGAAAUCAAGCUAUACGGAGAAAAGCAAGAGAAAAUUGCUGCGGCACAGGCCCAACAUGUCACCCGCACCAGUACCGGGAAGCUUCCUGUUACUCGUCCGACACCUACAUCGUCUGGUGAAUCAUCCAAUUCGUCGACUCCAACCAACAACGGCAGUGUUAGCAGCAACAAUGCCUCAUCGGGUAACAUCCAAAACAAAUCAGCGGUCAUUUCCAGUAAAGCCUCUCGAGAGGAGAUCACGGAAAAAAUGGAACAGCAACUCCGGAUACAACGCGCAGCUCACAAUCAGAAACGUGCGAUGGAGCUUAAACAAGGCCAAUCGACGGAUGGUGCCACCCCUCCUAAGCAAACAAUCGUUCAGCGACGAAUAAUCGUCAAAAAUGCUGACGGCACAACAAAAGUUAUUCAGCAAAAUAUCACCCAACCGGCUCGAGCUUCUCCAACCCCAGCACCAUCGGCGACUCCCAGUCCCCAACAAUCUAAGGCUCAGCAAGCAGCUACCCCUCCGGCGAAACCCGACGGUCCGCAAAAAGUUCAAAUCAUUCGGGGCCCAGAUGGAAAAGUUAGCGUACGUGGUCUGAACCCGGGACAGCAGCUGAUUCAAACCGCCGACGGAAAACUGCAUGUUCUCAGCGCAGCACCUGGAGCAAACCCCGCUAGCAAACAAACCAUAGCCGCGAAGGUCGGUCAGAAAAUCAUCACCAAGGUGGCUGCUGGCGCUAGUCCUGUUGCAAGUGGUUCCACUGCUUCCAGCAGCAACGUGGCGCCCAGCACAGCAGCCGCCUCGGUGACGGUGACGCCUCCCGCGAUCACUCAGCCCCAACCGCAGCAAAUUCAGGUGCAACAGCAGCAAGUCCAAGUGCAACAACAACAGCCGCAGCAGCAGCAAGCUGCCCCUGUGGUGGUUAGCUCCCCUGCGGUGGUAACUCAGCAAGUUGUAAAUAAAUCGCCUAGCAUUGUGGUUCGAAAUCAGGCCGGUCAACCAAUCAAACAGAUUAUUCAGAAACAAGUGGUUCAGAAGGUGCAAGCGACCAGUACGACACCGCAACAGCCGGUUACUCCGCAGAAGAUAAUCAUCAACAAUCAGCAGGGAACAGUGCAGAAAAUUAUCACCUCAAGUGGACAGCUGAUAACCACAACAGGAAGUCCCGUUCAGAAAGUGGUUACACAAUCCAAUUUACAGCAACUGCUGCAAAACGCUGGGCAAAAAGUCGUGGUUGAAUCCAACUCUGGUCAGAGUCCGGUGCAGACGCAGAAGGUUCUGGUCGCCACAACUCCCACCGGCCAGCCCGUGCAGAAGCAGAUUCUAAUCCAGAACGCUACAUCUCCCCAGCAGAUUAUUAUCAACCAAGCCGGUGGGCAAAAGGUAGUUCAACAGAUCGUUGCCUCACCAGGGCAACAGAUCAUGAUCGGUGGCCAACGGAUUAUGAUAGGUGGCGGCCAAAAGAUUAUCAGCAAUCAACCCAUUCAAAUCCAGCAGAACCAACCGAUCCAACAGAUACAGCCAAUCCAACAGGUACAACCGAAAGUACAGCAAGUGCAUCAAAUCGUUACCUCCUCGCCACAGCCUCAGCAACCCCAGCAGAUUCAGAUACAGAUACAGCAACCUGUUGCUACACAAUCAACCCCGCAGCCACAGGUUCAAACUAUUCAAGCGCAAUCGUCUCCUCUCUCUCAAGGCCAAAGCCUAACCCAACAGCUGUCCAGUGGCAAGCUCCAACUGGCCAACUUCAAUGGUCAGCAAGUGCUAAUACGGCCCUUGGGUAAUAAUCAGGCACAGGUUGUUGCCCACAUUAAAACACAACCCAACGGAACCGCGCAAAUCAUUCCUUUGGCAAAUGCGGUCGAUCCUCCCGCUGCACCAGUUCAAGCUCAGCCAAUGCAACAAGUCAUGCAAGCCGCUCCGGUGCAACAAACGACCAUCCAGCAGGUUGUACAGCAGCCAAUAGCACAAACCACGGUCGUCCAGCAAGCAUUCAACGCUUCAGGAACCUCUCAAACUACGUUCCAGCAGCUUGCUGCAGCGACUCAACAACAGCAGCAGGCACUGGAUCCGGUGGAGCAGACCUUACUGCAAGGCCAACCGCCAGGAACGGUCAUCAAAUGCGUCACUGCCCAAGUGAUACAGACUCAGCAGGGCCCGCGAAUAGUGCUGCAAGGUUUGCAAGGUUCCGAGUUUACCCCUGCGCAGUCCGCCCUAGUGCAGCAGCAGGUCAAACAACAGCUGCUCAAAGCCCAGGAAUCGAACGGCAAGCAGGGUGUUCUCGGACCUACGAAAAUCUACUUGGCCAUUCAGCCGUCCCAGCAGCAGGCCGUGGUAGCCCAGCCGCCGCCAUUGGCCCCGGUACAGAUUAAACACGACGGUGGCACAACCCAUAUCCAGCUGCACCAGCAAGCCGAUUCAACGGUUACAACGACAACGCCAACCAUGGAGGAUUCAGAACUUCCUGUUUCGGGUUCACUAACAACUACCAUAAAAACGGCAGCCAGCACCAGCAGUAAUGAUAGCAAGCCCCAAAUUUUGUCCAACAUUGUUAUCAACGGAAGUAACAAUUCGGCCAUUAAUCCGAUGGUUAAGAAAGAGUUGCAGAAAGUUCUCGCAAGUAACCUCAGUAAGCAAAAUGUGAUACGGAUACAACCGCAGCAGCUGCUACCAUGCCCGCAAGCACAACCGAUGCAUGUGGAGGAGCAUCAAUCGGAGCAGCCGAACCAACCACUGACAGAGGAAGCUGAAGCCGUGAAGGACGAAAAUGUGCCCGAAGGGGAUCCUAAAAUAAUCGACGGGAAGGAUGACUCGUUUGUCUUGACGCCGGAUUACAUUCAACAAACAAUCAAAAACGCCUUGAAGCAAGAGAACCUUAACCCAGAAAUAGAGGAAAAAUUGCUUAACCUGCAGCGGUAUCAAGAAAAGCAAAUGAAAACGGAUGAUCGAUCCGCAGCCAUCGCCCUUCAGCACAAUUACAGCAACUUGAGUUCGAACAGAGAACAUCAUCACAGCACACCAGUCAAGUCAAAGAAGCGACCCCACCGUGGCGAGGACGAUGAUGAUGAAUGGAUGAUGGAUACACCGAAGCGACGACCAACCAAAUCCGGUGGUAGCUCUCUUAGUUCUGUCGAGCGAAAAGUUCACCAGGGUGCUUCCAGGGAUGGUGAUGCACCCAGUUCCGCUAAGAAGCGGACGAUCUCUCAAAAUGAUUCUACGGCGGCAGCUGCUGCUGCAGCAGCUGCGGCAGUGUUAGCUUCUGUUAGUGCUGAGUGUGCUGCAGCGAAGGAAAUGUCAGUUCCGCUGGAAAGCACGGCUACUCCUAUUCCCAAUGCUCGCUCGGAAGCUGCUCGCAGGAGCAACGAGAAGCGCAAACAGCAGCAAGCUUUGUUGCAGCAACAACAGCGGCAGAACAAGUUGCAGGCUCAACUGAACCGCCACAAAGAACAACUGAAGAAAGACAUUCUCAAGAAGCGAUCUCAUCUCGAACGGGAAUUACAGGUACAAAUUCAGAAGGAGCUGUCCGCUGAACUAGCAGCAAAGGUGCAAAUCGGAACAGCAACAGGCUAAGCAGGAACA